AUUCCUAACAACCUGACAACCCGAAUUUACCCGUCCAACUCGGUCCCAUCCAUUCCUCGUCGACGUGCGUCUGCCAAAAAGGCUACGGUGGUCAAUAGCCGAUCUCAAGGCAACUCCUGGUCGCCGACGUCGGCAAGGCGCGUGGCGGCGGCCAGUCGCCGAUUGCAAGCAAGAUACAAAACUUCCGCCACCCGGACUUGCCCUCCUCGCACCUGCAAGCGUAUCAAGGUCGUGACCACGUCACACUCGUUUGCGCAACAUAAGCGUUGACGUCGGUCUCUCCCACCUUCACUUGCACUUUUGCUGCCUACACCACAAAGCAGCACACAGCUCCGGUAUAUUUGGCGGACCGCUAGCAAGUCAAUCCAUCGGAAUCCUAUGACACCCAAGCAAAAGUCUGCGGCCGAGCCGUCGGAGCUCACGCCGCUGGUCUACGAUGCCGCUCCGUCCGAGCACGGAGAUGGCGGCGGCCUCUCUCCGCCGCGCUCGCCACUGCGUCGCGCCCCAGCCUGGCAAUUCUGGCGCACCACGUCGCCUCCGCACCGCUUCUAUCUGCUCAUCCUCAUGAGCUGCAUCCCGUUCGGCGGCCACUUCGUUAAGAACGGCAUGUCGUCGCUGGAACAGUUGAUGCUGGAUGACGAGGACUUUCCCAUCACCAACACCAUGUAUGGCGCGCUGCUGUCAGCUGUAUCCGUGCCUAACAUGUUCCUGCCACUACUGGGCGGCCGCCUAAUGGACAAGAGCGGUCACCGCAGUAUCCGCUUCUUCCUGGCCUGGAUCUGUGUGGGCCAGGCCAUUUUCGCGAUCGGAAUGCAGCUCAAGCUCUACUGGCUGGCGCUUUUCGGCCGCGUCUUCUUCGGCGUGGGCGAAGGCAGCGUCGUGGUCGGCGCACGAGUCUUUAUUGCCUCAUGGUUUAGGAAUAAGGAGCUGACAUUCGCUAUGGGAGUGAGUGUAGCCAUCACCAACGUCUCCAAGAUGCUGGCCAAGGCCACAGUCGCCCCCAUUGCGCUCUACUUCGGCGGAUAUGUGCAAGCUCUAUGGUACGGCGUGGCCGUGUGUGUUGCUUCAGCUCUCAUCGGCGUCCUGGUGUGCCACUACACACUAAAUCUCAAGCGUAUCGUUAAAAGCCGCGUCAUCAGCGAGGAAGCUCUGGACCCAAGCCUCCACUGGCUCAAGGAUUACGCCGACAAGAAGCGCCGCAAACAUCGCUGGCGCAAGUCCAACUCACAGGCCAAGCAGAUCUCGUGCGACAACGUACAGAACUUCUCGCGUAUGUUCUGGGUCAUCGCGUUGCUGCACGUCAACUUCAUCAACGUCUUCCAUUUGUUCCAGAACGUCAGUGCUAGCUAUCUGUUUCAGCGGUAUGACUACUCGAUCGUCAAGGCCGGUGUGGUGAGCAGUUUCUCGCAUCUUUUCGUGGUGUUCGCGCCAUUUAUCGGCCUCGCUAUCGACCAUUUCGGUGGACGUAUCCUGCUCAUCAUCCUGGCCGCUAUUUUGUCGGUGUUGGCCUACGUGUUCAUGAUCUUCACGGAAAUCAACCCGAUCGUGUCCAUGCUGCUGAUCUCCAUCUGUUUAUCAUUCACACCGACGGUCUUGAUGGCUGCGAUCCCCAACUCGGUGAGCCGAAAGAGCUUCGGUACGGCCUUCGGUAUUGUGGAGAUUACCGACGCUAUUGGCGCUACGUUCGGCAAUCUGAUGGUCGGAUACUUACGCGAUGAGACGGGCAAUUACCGUGCUGUUAUGAUGAUGCUGUUAGGAAUGGCAGUUCUGGUGCUGUUCCUCGCUCUGUUCCUGAUUUUCGAAGACAGUCGUCAUGGUUGGGUGCUCAGUGCUCCCAGUGGACGUUCACGUGCGCUGUCGGUGGACGAUGAGGACCCCAUGGACAACCCGGCGGUGCUUGAGGCUCGUUACAGUGCGAACGGAGAGACCGACUUACUGUCCCCGGACCGUGCUACUGCGUAGGAGCAGAAGCUCGUUCAUUAUCACACGCUUGAUCUUAGAACUCGGCCACUAUUGGUACAAGUGAAAUGAAGUGGCCGAAGGUCGUUUCCCCAGCCUUCCAGACACUUGGAAACAACUCAAAACGAGAUAUUGCCGUUCGUUGCUGUAACAUGUAUUUAGUUGAAAAUAAAUCAAAGGAAUUUGCUACUAAACUGUUACACGAAAGGGAUGUUGGUCAUAGCGAGCAGCAGUUUCUGACGC